AUGACGCCUCCCUCGGCCGAGAAGCACGGCGGUGCGGCCCCGGCCAGCACCUCCGCCAUUCCGCCGGCUCCUCCCCUGUCGCCGGCCAUGCAGGCCUCGGCCGCGCGCCUUGCCCAGAAGGAGUCCGCAUCGGCGGGCGCCUCGCAGCAGCAGCAGCAGCACCAGUCCCAGCCCAAGCGCUGGACCGAGGUGGUGAACGACCAAUCGGGCGACCGCCGCCAGCAGGCUGGCACCGGGCCGAGCUCCCCGCGCUCGGCCCCGCUGUCGCCGAAGUCCGGCCCCCGGGCAUCGGCGUCGGCCGAGUCGACCGGCGCCGGCGCCAAGAAGUCCGACGCCGCCCCGGCUAGUCCCCGUGCUGGCGGCAAGAAGGCCGACCCCGGGCAGCCUGUGGUCACCACGGUCCGGUCGCCCGAUGGCCGGAAGCUGGAGGUCCGGUCGCCGCCGGGGUCGCCGCGCGCGCGCGCCGCAGGCCCUGCCUCCGGCUCGGGCGCCCGCAAGCAGCAGGACCUCAAGAUCCAGGUGAAUGUCGACGCGCCGGCCUUCCACCCGAAGGGUCUCCAGCAGCAGCAGCAGCAGCAGCAGCAGCAGCAGGCCACCAUCCCGUCGAAGUCCGCCAACCAGGGCGGCCCCGGGUCGCCACGCCAGCAGCAGCAGCAGCAGCAGCAGCACCGCCAGGGCGCCGGUGCCCCGCGCAGCCCCGGCGGCCGCGGUCGCCAGCAGGCCUCCCCGCGCCAGCCCGGCUCGCCGCGCCAGCGGGCGGCCUCCAACGCGCCGCGCUCUCCCGGCGGCCGGAUCGCCCACCAGUCGCAGCAGCAUGGUCGCCAGCACCACCACCACCACCACCAGCAGCAGCAGCAUCAGCACCAGCACCAGCAGCACCAUGCCGGCGGCGACAUCAACAUCAGCCUGCGUGACCACAUGCUCGGGCACCAUGCCUCGCACAGGACUCGCCAAGGCGAGGAGACCAUGACCAUCCUGGCCCCGGGGUCCCCGCGGGCGCUGACCUUCGAUGGGGCCACCUCCGCGGUGCAGACCCAGUUCCGGCCCUUCGGCGAGGAGGCCGGGCAGAUUCUCACCCACCAGGAGGCCUGGCAGGCCGAUCGCUCGCACUGGUCCAACCUGGGGACCAGCCCCGGGCCGAGCCACCUCGGCGACGAGCAGCCGCUCAUUCGCGACCGGACCGAAGAGAUCCGGCGCCUGGAGGCACGGCUGGCCCAGGAGCAGGCCAGCCUGGCGGCCUUGCGCGAGGGCCGCCACCAUGCCCACGGCCACCACAGCCACAGCCACAGCCACAGCCACAGCCACCACAGCGCCAGCACCAGCGCCUCCGGCCACCACCACUUCGACCAGCAGACCCACAUGGCCGACGGGGCGGCGGACUAUGCCCCGCUGAAUGAGGAGCAGCUGGCCACCCUGCAGGGGGCCUACAGCAUCCUCGGCACGCCGGAUGCCUGGCGCGAGGCCCUGCACGAGAGCGCCCACCAUGGGAAGCUCAGCCCCCGGACGGCGCACCGGCUCGGGGACAUGGCGGAUCUGCUGCACCAGCGCCACAUCGGUGCCCAUGCCGCCAGCAAGGGCUCCUCGCGGGUGUCCUCGAGCUCCGCCGCCGCCGCCUCCGCCGCCACCACCGCCACCGCCACCACCACCGGCAUGCCCAUUCACACGCACAGCGCCCAUGCCGGGGCCGGGCACAACAUGCUGUCGGCCAUGGGGCAGCUUCAUCGCCGGGUGGCGCGCGAGGCGGCGGCCGCCGGGCGCGCGCGUUCCGAGGGCUUCGCUCGGCGCCAGCGCGACAUGCUGGCCCCCGGCAAGCAGUACCACCGGGCCGGCGCGGCGGCCAUGGGUCCGGGCCAGCGCUUCUCCUUGAAGAUGCGCCCGGCCGGCGGCACCAUCCCCAGCGACUUCUGGGGCCGGGAGUUCCUGCAGUAUGCCCUGAACCCGGCCUUCCGCCUGGAGCAUGCCUUUAGCGACUGGUCCGACAUGGCCUCGGCCCCGGGGGUGCUCAGCGCGGCCGAUGCCGCUGCCCGCCACGGCCCGGCCAGCCACCGCGCCCAGCACCACGAGCGUCACCACCACCACCAGCAGCAGCAGCAGCAGCAGCAUUACAAGCAAGCCGCCGCGGCCGACUGGUCGGACGACUACCACCAGCAAUUCCACACCCAGCACCGGCGCAUGGCCGAUUCGGUGGCCGGGGCCGGGGCCGGGGCCGGGGCCGGCCGGCGCAUGUCGGCCGACAUGCGCUCCCGCCUGCAUGUCAGCAUCCCCGAGGGGCACAACGAGAUGUCGGAGUUUGACAAGGUGUCCUACUCCUCGCGCACGACCUUCGUCCCGGCCAGCACGUCGCCCCGGCUUCGCGCCGCGUACGAGGCCUCGGAGCGUGCGUCCCACGGCGGCGGCGGCGCCCGGCACGCCCGCUCGCACAUCCUCCCCGAGGACCAGAUGGCCCUCGACGAGCUGGUGGUCCUGGAGUCGGGCAUGCCCUACACCUCGGUCACCACGAACCUCAGCCCCGCCGGGGCGGCAUACCUCGCCAGCAGUGGCAGCCGGUAUGGCAGCACGUCCGCCGCCGCCGCCGCCGCCGCCGCCGCCGGCGCCGGGACCGAGGAGGAGGGGGGCUUCCAUCCGAUUCGCGACCUCCGCCGCGGGAUGGAUGCCGUGCGCCGGGCCAUGAGCCCCCCCGGGUCGCCGCUCCUCAACCGCGCAUUCGACUUCAUUGCCCACCCGCUGAAGACCGCGGCCGCCGGCACGCAGAUGGCCCGGGACCUGGCCCAGCGCGAGGCCGGGCGCCUGCGCAAUCAGCUUGGCCUCGGCGACGGCAAGGCCAUCCCGACGGCCGGCGUCCACCAUCAGCCGCUGGCACGGUCGCUGGAUGCCAUUGUCCAUCCGGAGCGGUCCUUCAUGGCCACAGCCGGCACCAUGGCCUGUGUGGUGGGACCGGCGGUCAUGUUCAUGCUGGCGUCCAUUGCUCGCGCCACUCCGGACUGGGCCUUCUAA